AUGCCUCCUGGAGCCCCAUCCGCCCUUCCUCGGAGCGCGAUGCGUCGUUUGCUCAAGGAGCUUGACACGUGGACCAAUACCGAAUCAAAAACCGAGCAGGGAAUUGAACGACUCGGCCCCGUGCGAGACGAGGAGCUGCUUACUUGGGAGGCGGUCAUCAAUGGGAGGGAGGUCGGGUGUGGGUACGACAACGGCCGCUGGCUCCUGCGCAUCACGAUCCCACCAACCUACCCUCUCCAACCCCCGACCAUCUCCUUUGCCACGCCGAUCGUGCACGCCAACGUUAGCCUCGAGUCGGGCGAGAUCUGCCUGGACCUGCUCAAGGACGCCUGGACGCCGGCCUACAGCGUGCUUGAGUGUGUGCGCGCCAUUCGGAUGCUGCUGUCGGCGCCCGGGAUCGAUUCACCGCUGAAUGUGGAUGUGGCUGCGCUGCUGAGGGAAGGGGAUGAUAUUGGAGCGCGGAGAUUGGUGGAAUUGUGGGUAGAGGAGGAGAGAUAUGAGGGGAAAUAA